AUGGGCGCGGAUUUGGGGGUCUUUCGAUCCUGGAGAUGGUACAGUAGCGUCGGCGGCUAUGGGGACGGAGGUUUCCAGGGCGACGGUGCUCCUACUUGGGCUCUCUGGGCUGGUGAUCGUUCUGGGGAUGGGGAUGCUCAAUGUGGUGGUUUUUUUGGCUAUGCUGGUGAUGGCCUGAAGGAGGUCAGUAGGGCCGGUGGCGUGUUUGCCGGCGACGACAACGGUGACAUGCAACUUAGGAGCGGCCAUGUUGUGGAGCAGCUGGUUCUUAGGGUUUCAGAAAAUUUGGGCUGUUGGGCUCAAGUGUUGGGCUUAGUCUGGAUUGGGAUGCUUUGGGACCAUAUGGGCUCUGAGGGUGUUGCUAGAGGGCUUCUUUAUCUCCAUCAUGAUUCCUAUGGGAAGGUGAUACAUAGAGAUUUAAAAGUCAAUAACAUUCUCUUGGAUGAGAAAAUGAAUCCAAAAAUCUCAGAUUUUGGAUUGGCACACAUAGUUGAAGAAACACAGAGUCUAGAAAAUACUCAGAAGGUUGUUGGAACACGCUUUGGGGUCCUGGUAUUAGAGAUUAUUAGCGACAAGAAGAAUACCAGCUUCUAUUUAUAUGACCAACAGCUUGGCUUCCUUGCCUAUGCAUGGAAGUUAUGGAAUGAAGGCAGGGCGUUGGAUUUAGUAGAAGACGUAUUGGGUGAUUCAUAUUUCUCAUCAGAAGUAAUGACAUGCGUGCAUGUUGGGCUUCUUUGUGUACAGGACAAUGUUGCGGAUAGACCAACCAUGGCAGAUGUAGCUUCAAUUCUAAGCAGCGAGAAAGUUGGUCCACAUUCGAAGAGGCCUGUAUUCACUAUCCAAAACUCAGUUAAUCAUCUUGGACCAUAA